CGCUGCCUGCCUGUCUGCGGGGGGACUGGUCGGCGGAACCGCCCGAGACCAGAGUCGCCACCUGAGAGCAGAGAAAUGAAGGGAUCUUGGAAUCCGCUUGAAGGAAACCUUGGAAAAGGAACCACGAAUGCAGCAUCUGGUCAAGCGAUACUGUUCCUCAAUGGAUGCUCAGGAAUGCAGGACUCCUGUGUGCAAAAAAAAAGGUCAUUGAAAGCGCUCCUUCAUCAGUGCAAGAGAGUCAUGCAAAGCCUAGCCGAUAGGCAGGAUUCUGAAGUCACCACAAAAGACAUUGUCAUCGUCGUCACCUUGGCCGUGCUGUUGCUGAUCUCCGUCGGUUUCAAUAUUUACCUGGCUGUCAAGCGCCAGCAUUUGCAAGCUGCUUUGAGCCAAUCGUGCCCUGAAGGCUGGGUCCGGAGUGGAGGCAGGUGCUACUAUUUCUCUGCUACCAAAGAGGCCUGGGACUUUGGUCAGGAUCAUUGCCUUUCCAACGGGGGCUCCCUGGUGGCGAUGGACACUUCGCAGGAAAGGGAUUUUGUCAUGAGCUCGGAAGACUUGAAUGAAUAUUGGAUUGGUCUCUGGAGAGAGGGAGCUGGAAAGCCCUGGAAGCAGCCCGAUGGGUCCCUCUUCAGCAACUGGUUUCCAAUAGGAGGCAACGGGCUCUGUGCCUACCUGAGUGAUGAAGAGGUCAACUCUACACGGUGUGUCAACAGCCGGCAAUGGAUCUGUAGCAAACCUGUUGGUGGUUUUCUCUCAACAAGCUCAGAAUCAUAA